ACGCAAUGCCUGACGUCAGGCUGCUGACAUUAGCAAGCGGCAGCAGCCAGUGUGUUUGAAGCCUCCGACUGCUUCUGUCAGACACUCUCCUGCAACAUUACAUCUCCUCCAACUAUGGGGGGUGACGAUGAGCCCCUUUUGAUUUCCAGCGGGUGGCUUUUGGCCGCCCGGUAGUUUGUGUUCGCCAGCUUGCUCCAUUCGCCCACUUGACUGAGAGCGACAAGGCACGGCUGCUGCUGCUGCUGCGUCUUCCCCAGUCAUCUGCAAACUGGACCGACCAGCAAGGUUUGAGAAGGAGAAGGAAAAUAAAUAUACAAAGGAUGGGUUGUGGUGGAAGUCGGGCUGAUACGAUCGAGCCCAGGUACUACGAAAGCUGGACCAGGGAAACGGAAUCAACGUGGCUGGCCAACACCGACACGGAUGUGCCUUUGCCAGUCGAAUCCAAUGCAUUGGACAAGGCUACGGUGCAUGUGUACUCCAACACCUCGGAAGGAAGCACACAAACUCAUACCCAUGUCACUGUGUCUUCUAAUGCACAUGAAAAAGUGAGUGCCCAUAAAAGGACAUCUACUGUUGGAACAAACACACACAAUGGAAAACAACAGUUAACGCAUGUCCCAGGAACUUCAGUACAGAAACGGCGUAUAUUUAGAACAGGCGAGAAGAAAAACAGUGAUGGGAACAAUAUAUUAGCAAAUGAAGUCAACAUUCAUGUCACAAAAAAUAACUCUUCAAUUGAUUCAGAAGGAAGACAAAUGGAAAGCUGCGUGAAGUAAGAAAAUCAAUUAAUCUUAUUGAAAAUAAUCUUACAGAAAAAUCAAUGCUCUUUGCACUUUAUGAAAGUUCAAAUACCACAAGAAGACGAAGAAUUAAAAUGCUAAGAAAUCUUCAAAGCUGAACUGUGCCUUCAUAUCCAAUAUCCGAAGAUUCAUGCGAUGAUUAGUUCUUCAAAAAAGAAUAGAGCUGCAAUCAACAUACCAAAACCUAUGUAUCAUUUAACAAAUUCUGAAUACAUGUAACAACACAAGAACCUGAAAUAUGCAUGCAGGUUUUCUUAUAAAUCUAUUGCACACAGUCAAAAGAAAAAAUGUUUGCUAAUCAUAAAUAAAUUAAAAUUCUCAGCAACCUAGAUAAGCUCUCCUUAAACUUUGUUAAAAUACUUUUGCUUAUUCUUCACUUCUUUCUGUUGCCCAAACACAUAACGUUUUGGUAGAUGGAAUCAAUUUCAACAGGAUCCGCUCCCAGAGAGUUAAAUAUUAUCUAACAGAAAUUAAUAAAACUUAUGCCACCGUGUCUUCUGCUCCAUCUUGUUAAUCUUCUAAAUUUCGUAUUUAAAGACAAUAAUAUUUUGAACGUUGAAUUCUCCAUUGAGAAUUGUACGACCUUAAAUUCUACAAGUUUAGGCAACCUCCUACUAAACUCCCCUACAUCAUCUCUCCCUUUCUCUCCCCUCCCCCCGCCCCCUCCCUCUGUGCAUCACAUAAGCUUCCAGUUUGUUUUAGUUAUAAAUUUAAAUUAUAAAUUUUUAGGGACUUUACUCGUUUUGCCCACUUGCUGUGUUUAAUGGGGAAUCUUGAAGUUAUUUUUGUUUACAUACAAGAAUACUCAUUGGCACCACUAAAAAGAUUGAAGCUAUUUAAAUUAUUGAUAAGGGGAUGACCUAUCUGAGAGGUAAUUCUGUUAUAAACAUUUACUUUAUCAGCUGUAUUAAGAAAUGUAUACUGUUGCCACUCCGGAUCUAUGAGAAAAAAUAUGAUCAAUUAUGUUGCAAAAAGAUUUAUUAAAAAAAUGUAUGUAAGCUAAUUCAUGCAUUUGAACCAUAUACUUGCAAUUUUGAAUUCAUUAUAAAUUAGCAUAGAUCAAUUACAUAAAUCCCCAUUAUUGUCAUCAAUUAUAUUUACAAUCUGUACAAAUGUGGAGCCCAUGUUUGCAGAAGGGUUUUGAAAAUGCAUUGCACGUAUUUAAGUAUGAUAUUCAAUAUAUUAAUAAAUUUGCCCUGGUUCUUUAUACAUUAUUUGAGCACUAUAUACUUGAAGGUGAUUUUUGAAACAUAAUUUGGAAAUGUGUGAGAAUAACAUUAAAUCAUUGAUAUACAUAAAGUAGAAACAUAGAAACUAGAUGCAGGAGGCCAUUUGGUCCUUCGAGCCAGCACCGCCAUUCAUUGUGAUCAUGGCUGAUCAUCUACAAUCAGUAACCCGUGUCUGCCUUCUCCCCAUAUCCCUUGUCUCCACCAGCCCCUAGAGCUCUAUCUAACUCUCUUUUAAAUUCAUCCAGUGAAUUGGCCUCCACUGCCCUCUGUGGCAGUGAAUUCCACAAAUUCACAACUCUGGGUGAAAAAGUUUUUCCUCAUCUCAGUUUUAAAUAGCCCCCCCCCCCCCCCUUUAUUCUUAAACUGUGGCCCCUGGUUCUGCUCGCCCAACAUUGGGAACAUUGUUCCUGCAUCUAGCUUGUCCAGUCCUUUUAUGAUUUUAUAUAUCUCUAUAUGAUCCCCUCUCAUCCUUCUAAAUUCCAGUGAAUACAAGCCCAGUCUUCCCAAUCUUUCCUCAUAUGACGUCCUCAUAUGACGCUGCACUGCCUCAAUAGCAAGGAUGUCCUACCUCAAAUUAGGAGACCAAAAUUGCACACAAUGCCCCAGAUGUGGUCUCACCAGGACCCUGUACAACUACAGAAGAACCUCUUUACUCCUAUACUCAAAUCAUCUUGUUAUGAAGGUCAACAUGCCAUUAGCUUUCUUCACUGCCUGCUGUUUACUAUCAGUGACUGGUGUGCAAGGACCCCCAAGUCUCGUUGGACUUCCCUUUUCCCUAAUCUAACACCAUUGAGAUAAUAAUCUGCCUCCUUGUUCUUGCCGCCAAAGUGGAUAACAUCACAUUUAUCUACAUUAUACUGCAUCUGCCAUGCAUCUGCCCACUCACUCAACCUGUCCAAGUCACCCUGCAACCUCCUAGCAUCCUCUUCACAGUUCACACUGCCACCCAGCUUUGUGUCAUCUGCAAAUUUGCUAGUUACUUUAAAUCCCAUCAUCUAGAUCAUUUAUAUAUACUUUAAACAGUUGCGGCCCCAGUACCUAGCCUUGCAGCACUCCACUCAUCACUGCCUGCCAUUCUGACAGGAACCUGUUUGUUUCCUGUCUGCCAACCAAUUCUUAUUCCAUGUCAAUAUCCUGCCCCCAAUACCAUGUGCUCUAAUUUUGCCCAUUAAUCCCCUGUGUGAGAUGAUAUCAAAGGCUUUCUGAAAGUCCAGGUACACUACAUCCACUACGUCCGCAAUUUCUGGCGCCACCUCCUUGAGUACCCUGGGAUGCAGACUAUCAGGUCCAGGAGAGUUAUCAGCCUUCAGUCCCAUCAGUCUACCCAAUACUAUUCCUCGCCUAAUGCAAAUUUCUUUCAGUUCCUCUGUCUCCCUGGAUCCUCUGUCCUCUAAUAAAUCUGGGAGAUUGUUUGCGUCUUCCUUAGUGAAAACAGAACCAAAGUACCUGUUCAACUCUUCUGCCAUUUCCUUGUUGCCCUUAAUAAUUUCACCCGUGUCUGCCUUCAAGGGACCCACAUUUGACUUUGCUAUUCUUUUUCCCUUAACAUAUCUAAAGAAGCUUUUACUGUCCUUCUUUAUAUUCCUGGCCAGCUCACACUCGUACUUCAUCUUUUCACCCUGGAUUGCCUGUUUUGUUUCCAUCUGUUGUCCUAUGAAAGUUUCCCAAUCCUCCGGCUUCCCGCUACUCUUUGCUGUGUUAUACAUUUUUCUUUCAGUUUUAUUCUAUCCCUAACUUCUCUUGGCAGCCACGGUUGCCUCCUACUCCCCUUUGAAUCUUUCUUCCUCUUUGGAAUGAAAUGAUCCUGCAUCUUCCAGAUUAUGCUCAGAAAUUCCUGCCAUUGCUGUUCCACCGUCAUUCCUGCUAGGAUCCCUUUCCAGUCCACCUUGGCCAGCUCCUCUCUCAUGCCUUCAUAGUCCCCUUUGUUCAACUGCAUCACUGCCACUUCCUAUUUAACCUUCUCCCUCUCAAAUUGCAGAUUAUUAUGGCCACUACCUCCUAGCAGUUCCUUUACCUUGAGUUCUCUUAUUAAAUCUGGUUCAUUGGACAACACUAAAUCCAGAAUUGCCUUUUCUCCGGUCUGCUCCAUUACAAGCUGCUCUAAGAAUCCAUCUCGGAGGCAUUCUACAAACUCUCUUUCUUGGGGUCCAGAACCAACCUAAUUUUCCUAGUCUACCUGCAUAUUGAAAUCUCCCACAACCACAGUGGCAUUACCUUUGUUACAUGCCAAUUUUAACUCCUGCUGCAACUUGCACCCUAUAUCCUGGCUACUGUUUGGGGACAUGUAGAUAACUCCCACUAGUGUCUUCUUAACUUUACAAUUCCUCAAUUCUAUCCACAGCGACUCUACAUCGCAAGUCCCUAUGUCACCCCUCGCAAGGGACUGAAUUUCACCCCUCACCCCUCACCCCUCCUCUGCCCACCUGUCUGUCCUUUCUACAGGAUGUAAAAAACCCUGAAUAUUAAGUUCCCAUCCCGAUCCUCCUGCAGCCACGUCUCUGUAAUCUCCACAAUGUCAUAUCUACCAAUCUCGAGCUGAGCCUCAAGCUCAUCCACUGUACUUCAUUCGUGCAUUCAUAUAUAAUACUUUUAAUCCAUUAUUCACCUCACCUUUCACGUCGAUUCCUAUUUCACUUGGCCAUGCUCUCCUAUCCCUUUGUGAGCUUUCUGUCCCAUUAUCAUUUUUUUAUCAAGACGCUGGAAAUUUUAAUUAAAGUAGACAUUCUGUCACAAAGGAUCCAGCUGUAUCAGGUGGCCAACUGAAUCAUAACAUACCUACUGGAAAUAGCAUCUUGCAUAAAAAAGUCUCUGUUCGAGAAAACAAUUGGUGAUCGGAGGGAGACACAAAAUGCUGGAGCAACUCAGCGAGUCAGGCAGCAUCUCUGGGGAAAAGGAAUGGGCGAUGUUUUGGGUUGAGAGCCUUCUUCAGACUGAUCAUGGGCAAUGUUAUGGGUCGAGACCUUUCUUCAGACCCGAUAUGGCCCAGUGUGCAUUCAAUGUGAAUUUAUC